AGCGCGGAGCCGGGAGCCUCUGGUUGUUUUCCUCCACUUCCCUGAGACCCCUCUUUCUCCUCAGCAUGUCCCUCCUUGGCAUCCUCUUGCUGGAGAGGUGGAAGCCCAGGUUCCUGUUUGACUUCUCAGCACAGCCCUCGGAGGAGCCAGGAGGGGACAGUGAGGGGGUGACUUCAGGGGCACAGCCUCACCUGCUCAGUGUCCCUGAGCUGUGCCACUGCCUGGCAGAGAGCUGGGUCACCUUCAGGCUGUACCUGCAGGAACUGCUACAGUACAAGAGGCAAAAUCCUGCCAAGUUCUGCAUGAGUGUCUGUUCAGGCUGCCUGAUUCUGGCUGUAGUUGGACACUAUGUUCCAGGCAUAAUGAUCUCCUACAUCAUUUUGCUCAGCAUUCUUCUCUGGCCGUUGGUGGUCUAUCACGAGCUGAUCCAGAGGAUGUACACGCGAUUGGAGCCUGUCCUGAUGAAACUGGACUACAGUAUGAAGGCAGAGACGCUGCACCACAAGCAUGAGAAGAAGAAGCGCCAAGGGAAGAGUGAGCCUGCAGCAGGUGAUGAGCCGACAGCAGAGACGGAGAGUGAGAGUGAGGCAGAGCUGUCAGGCUUCUCCCCAGUGGUGGAUGUGAAGAAAACUGCCCUGGCACUGUCGAUCACAGAUUCUGAGCUCUCUGAUGAGGAGGCUUCCAUCCUGGAGAGCGGGGGCUUUUCUGUCUCAAGGGCUACCACCCCACAGCUGACGGAUGUUUCUGAAGACCUGGAUCAGCAGAGUCUGCACAGUGAGCCAGAGGAGUCGUUUUCCAAGGACCUGGCAGAGUUUCCCUCCGUGGAAGAAUAUCAUUCCAGAGAUCUGGGACCACAGAGCGAUGAAGAAGCAUUUGGUGUGCCUCUGGGUCCCGAGCUUGCCCACGCUGCCCGUGAGCUGGACUCGGCAGAGAAGGAGGCUGCGGACUCUGACCUCUCCAUCCUUCGCCUCGCGUCUCCUCUCCAUUUUGUAAAUACGCACUUCAACGGGAGCGGGCAAGUGGCAGGAGGCAACGCGGAGCCAGAGACUGUCCCUGCGCCGGGCCUGGGCAUCUGCAUCAACACGCUGAGCGAGGAGAUCGUCACCACUGCCAUUACCACGGCGGUGCAGAACACCCUCUCUGCCCUGCUGCGGUCCUCAGAGGCCAGCGAGGGGCCCUCCCUCUCCGAGUUCCUCCCCACCGAGCCCGAAGAGAAACUGAGCUUCCAAGCACAGCUGUCAGAGACCGAAGCGGUGGAGGCAGAGACAGCAGCUUCACCGGAGGACGAGGAGGAAGCGGAAGACUUUGAGCUACUGGAUCAGAGGGAGCUGGAGCAAAUGGAUGUAGAGCUGGGGCUUGGGGAGGAGCAGGAAGCUCAAGAGUCUCCUGCUGCUCCGGCUCCAGCUUCCCCCUCUCCCGCACCCGCUGAGCUGCCAAAGCAAGGAGACGAGGAGGAGGCAGUGAUGACAGCAGCAUCUAUGUCUUAGGUCUUCUUCACGCGUCCCCUUUAUCUCCAUUGUCACUGGAAAGAAGGAAGAGCUCACGUGUGGCGAACGCGCAGCGGGUUUUAGAUGUUUGUGUUGACGGGGAUGGAAACGCGUCAGUGUUAAUGUGCUGUGUCUGGAAUAACGAAUCCUUUCCAUCCUUCUAGAGCCCGGCCUUCGCUGGCUGAGCGGGAGACACCCCUGCCCCGCGGCUGGGGAGGAGCCGGCUCCUAGAAGCCUUACGCCACAAUCGAAACACCAACCCCAGCAAACGCUUCCUAGUAAUGGUGCAGUAUUUUGGUCUGUCUUCUGUUUGUCUUUCGUUUUGCACGCAGAGUACCGAGCUAGCUGUAGCUGCUGCUAAUACCCAAAUCCCCAGUAGGACAUAUGCAAUCUUAUUUUAUUGGGUUUUUAAAUGGCUAAAAGUGUAAAUAAUUUUAA